AAAGUCGGCUGGUAGUAACACGCCCAUGUGAAGUUGUUCAAGUGCCGACAUCAACCAGGAGCAUUCUUUACUAAGAAGCAGGACCACAGAAAUCCUUCAUGCACAUAUAACAUCCCUGGAAGCAGCGUGUAUGUGUUUGUAAAGAGUGACGCAGUAUGACAUCCAACGCUGUUUGUUCGCAUAGAGAUCCUAUGCUGAAGAAAAGAGAUGAUUUUGAAGACAUGUUGGAAGAGAGGAGGAACUCCAGCGACCUCAGAUACGCCCUCAGAUGUUACACUCCUGUUCUUUACAAAGGAGUAGCUCCCUGCAAAGCCAACCAGCUGAAGAACAUGGUGCUUCAGUCUGAGCAGAUACACUAUGUCAUCAAUCAGGUUUCCAAAGAGAUGGGCAGGGCUGUUGAUGAUGUCCAGGAGGAGGCAUCAGCCAUCUUGGAGGAGAUGGCUCACCGCCUGCAGCUCAGCACUGUUCGCUUCUUCGCCUUCACACUCAGCAAGGUUUUUAAAACCUUGUUCAGGAGCAUCUGUGUCAAUGAAGAGGGCAUCCAGAGACUCCAGCAGGCCAUUCAGGAGCACCCGGUAGUUCUGCUACCUAGUCACCGUAGUUACAUGGACUUCCUGCUUAUGUCAUACAUCCUGUACACCUACGACCUGGCUCUGCCUGUCAUCGCUGCCGGCAUGGACUUCAUGGGGAUGAAAUUUGUUGGGGAGAUGCUGCGCAUGUCUGGAGCUUUCUUUAUUCGGCGGUCAUUUGGUGGAGACAAACUGUACUGGGCUGUUUUCUCAGAGUACGUUAAGACCAUGCUCAAGAAUGGAUUUGCACCAGUUGAAUUUUUCCUAGAGGGGACCAGAAGCCGAACGUGCAAGUCUUUGACUCCAAAGUUAGGUCUGUUGAACAUAGUGAUGGAUCCAUUCCUCAAAGGGGAGGUAUAUGAUGUCAGCUUGGUCCCAGUCAGUAUCAGCUAUGAGAGGAUCUUGGAGGAGUCGCUCUAUGCCAGAGAACUACUGGGUGUACCUAAACCCAAGGAGUCAACUUCAGGUCUGUUUAAAGCCAGAAAGGUCCUCAGUGAAGACUAUGGCAGUAUCCAUGUGUACUUUGGUCAGCCUGUGUCUGUCAGAAGUAUAUCCCAGGGCAGGGUUAACCGCUGCCAGUUCAACCUGAAACCAAGACACAUUCCCAGGAGGCCCAGCGAGGAGAUCCACAGCUUCGUGAAUAACUCUGCCUACAGGUUGGUAAGGGCACAGGAGGAGAACAUGGUCCUGAAGCCGUGGGUCCUUCUGGCCUCCCUGCUGCUCCAGAACCACCACCAGAACCAGGCGGCGGGGCAGAAACAGGGGAUGGUGCUGGACGAGUUGACUGAAAAAGCUGUGUGGCUCAGGGACCUCUCCCGGCAGUAUGGAGCCUUCCUACACUGGCCUGACCACAUGCCUCCAUCAGAGGUAGUUUCCUCCAGUCUCUCCCUGCAUCGAGGUCUAGUGAGGAUCUCUGAGGGAAGAGUCCAGCUGGCAGUGGAACAAGCAGGAGGACAAGUGAAGCCAGAGGAACCUCACAGCACCAUCACUCCAGAAGAGGAUCUCUUGAGCCAGGCAGUCGUCGUACUCUCCUGCGCCUCCUACAGGAACCAGGCGCUGCACGUCUUCAUCCGACCGGCGCUGCUGGCCUCAGCCAUACACACUGCCACCUCCAACAAAAAACAGGAGGUCUAUAACAGUUUCAGCUUCCUGAGAAACAUGUUCUCCAAUGAGUUCAUCCUCUGUCCUGGGGCUACAGUGCAGGAUUUUGAGGAGGCCUGUUACCUGCUGGUGAAGACUGGAGCUCUGCAGGUUACUCAGCAGGAAGUUCUUGUAACAGAGAGAGGACAAAGAACCCUGACCUUCCUCACCAGUAUGCUGGACCCUUUUCUACAAGGAUACCAGGUGGUGUGUCGGUUCCUGUGUGAAGAGGCCACUGAGGCUCUGACAGAAAAACAGUUCAUCCCCGCUGUCCGCAAGUUCAUCAUCAAACACCUGCUAGCAGGUAGACUAAGAUACACUGAGGUAUUGUCAUCUGACCUUCAGAAGAACUCUCUGGCAGCUUUGCUGAGGCUGGGCGCUGUACGGAAAAUCAAAGGAGCGGAGCAAGGGACUUUAAAGGUCAACAAGGUGAUGGUGAACUCAUUGGAAGACACUCUAGGAGGAAAACUCCCGACUCAGAAAGCUGCUGUCGCUCGACUUUAAUUCACCGACCUCGUUAG